AUGGAUUAUUCCGUACCCAAGUGCGGAUCUGUAAACCUACCCAUAUACGAAAUCAUUACCUUGAUGAAAAUAACGUCCAUCCGUGAAGUGGUCAGUGAAAAGUGCUUUUGCUUCUAUUGUGAUAAUACGGGUUAUUCAUGCUAUCCAGAGAACGAACGUGCAAUGGAUCCUCGAUUAUAUUGGAUGUCAAGUGGAAAAUCAAGAGAAUGGUAA